AAAGCUGCAACAUAGAAUUGGGAAGCUCCAAACUGGCCUCAAUUCUGAAUUUCUCCAAAUGUGAACGUGGAAAAGAAUCAAACUUACCACACACCAUCCCGACACUCCUUUUACGUUCAUCGCACUCCUUGUACAAUAUCAAUUGUGACAACAAGGCGUCGCAGGUGCAUACAUUAGAUCCUCCGCCCCAACCGAUAUACCACUCCGUUUCUCUGCGCUUCUUCCACCAUGAUCUCCGACGACGACUUGUACUCGCUCGCCAUCUUCCUUGGCUCGGUGGCCAUGGUUCUCAUUGUGUUGUACCAUUUCUUCGAGGUCAAUUCACGCGAGGACAGCGCACUCGCUGAGAAAGCUGCCAAAUCGACACCGGCGCAACAACCUGCAGCAGUUGGGAAACAAUCAGGCACGACAAAAUGACAGGAGACGGACCGUACCAAAGGACACGGGCGUUUUCAUAGAUCUGGGCCGGUUACGAAGAGUGCAAAGUCAUAAUCAUGACCGGCGUUUAGUAUAGUGAUAUGGAAGCAAAACACGCACAUAAAAUACACCCAAAGUGCCUAUGAGCUGGAAGUGCUCUCCAAUCGAGCAAUGUGGUGGACGUCAACUCGACAUCUAUGAGUGGGUAAUUCUGGAAGAUGGAUUAAAGUUAUAAGGAAAUCAUUGCCACAACUUCCCAAGGCCUAAAUGUUGAUUGCUUCUAUAUGUGGUCUUAUAGUCACCCCAUAAACAAUAAAAUUGAGUAGGCCCAAUCAUGUUCAACUUGCACAGAACCACGCAUUCACUUGGGGUUCUUUAUGUUGGCAAGAAUAACGUAGGCUUAGCUGCGAAAGAAUCAAACUAAGGCGCCAAUAACAUGCCAAUAUCGUUUCAGGUCUAGGUCCACAUUGUAGCAUUCUCUAUUUUCGGUAGCCGAUUGUUG